UGAUGUGAUGCCAUCACUUAGUCAAAAAUAGAAUCACGAUUUCUCAGACUGUCAAUAUUGUAUUAAAUAUUAAAUACAUGAUAUAAUCAUUCAUGCAAAUUGAUAUCUAAGUAUCGAUUGCAUGAAUGUCUCAAUUUUUAGAAUUUUUGAAUGAACAUUAUAAUUUCUGUUAGUACAAGUUACUUAGCAGAUUAUAAAAAAUGAUUCAAAUAUUGAGAAAGCAAUUUUCAAGAAACUAUAAAAGACACAGGAAUGUUAAUACGUGGUCAUCUCUGGCAACAGCGUUCAAUUCCAUUAGUAAAGAAAAAUAUGGUUUUGAUUUUUUGAAAAAAGAAACUGGAUUGUUUGGAAUAUCUGAAUUAAAAACAUCAGAAGGAUUUAAUAUUUUAAAAGAUCAAGCAAUAAAUCAGACAAAUGCACUUAUAGCAGAAUCUACAAGUCAAAAUAGAAAACGAAAAAUGGUAGAAAUUUUUGAUGAUAUGUCUGAUACAUUAUGUAAAGUUGCAGAUUUAGCAGAGUUCAUUAGAAUUGCGCAUCCAGAAAAACAAUUUGUUGCAGCUGCAGAAGAUACUUGCCUGUGUGUUAGUGGUAUUGUAGAAAAAUUAAAUACUCAUCGUGAAUUAUACAAUGCAUUAAAGCAUGUUGUAUGUAAUGGAGAUAUCCAAGAAACAUCUCUGGUGGAUAAACAUGUUGCAACAUUAUUCUUAUCUGAUUUUGAAUUAUGUGCUAUUCAUUUACCAGAAUCUAUAAGAGAAAAAGUUGUACAGUUGAAUUACUACAUAUUACAAGUAGGCCAAAAGUUCAUGACAGGUACUAAUAAUGCAAGAAUAGUAGAUGCUAAUAUUGUUUCAUCUAAUGUAAGGCAUUAUUUCACACAAAAGGAUAAUAAAAUACAUGUUCAAGGACUAUAUGUAGAUUCUCCUAAUCAUCUCCUUAGAGAAACAGCAUAUCGUAUAUUUUUAUAUCCUGAUGAAGAACAAGAAUAUCUUUUACAAGAACUUCUAAAUUCUAGACACAUUUUGGCUGAACUCUGUGGUUUUUCAUCUUAUGCUCACCGAGCUGUUAAAGGAAGUACUGUAGAAAGACCUGAAGUAAUAUACGAAUUUCUUAAUAUUCUAAAUGAUAAUUUAAAACUUAAAGCAAUGCAAGAUUUUAACGAAAUGCAAAAAAUGAAAGAUGCUGAAUCGCCUGUAAAACAGAAAAUAAUGCCAUGGGAUACAGCUUAUUUUACGGCGAAAGCAAAACGAAAUUGGUUAAAUAUGUCCAUUAGUGAAUUUGCGCCAUAUUUUUCACUUGGUGCUUGUAUGGAUGGCAUUAACAUAUUGAUACAAGCAUUAUAUGGUAUUCGAUUGGAGUAUGUACAAGUUUUAUCUGGUGAAGUUUGGGCAAAUAAUGUACAUAAGAUUGCCGUGGUAGAUGAAAAUGAAAAGAUUUUGGGUUAUAUAUACUGUGAUUUCUUUGAAAGAGAAGGAAAACCUAAUCAAGACUGUCACUUUACCAUUAGAGGUGGAAGGCUAUUACCAGAUGGAUCAUAUCAAAAUCCUAUAGUAGUAUUAAUGUUAUCAUUGCCAGUUUCAACAUGGUCUAAACCAUGUCUACUUAGUCCUGCCUCUGUUGAAAAUUUAUUCCACGAGAUGGGUCAUGCAUUACAUUCUAUGCUAGGUAGAACAAAAUAUCAGCAUGUAACUGGAACCAGAUGCAGCACAGAUUUUGCAGAGGUCCCAAGUGUUUUAAUGGAAUAUUUUGCAACUGAUCCAAGAGUUGUGUCCACAUUUGCUAAACAUUUCCAAUCUUUGGAGCAAAUACCAAUAACAUUAUUAGAUAAAUUAUAUGCCUCAAAGAACAUAUUUUGUGCUUCUGAAUUACAAAAUCAAAUAUAUUAUAGCAUGUUAGACCAAGUUUAUCACAAUACCAAACUAAAAAAACCAUCGACCGAAAUUUUGAAAGAAAUACAGGGAAAAUAUUAUGAGCUUCCUUAUGUUGAAAAUACAGCAUGGCAAUUAAGAUUUUCUCAUCUGGUUGGAUAUGGUGCGAAAUAUUAUUCUUAUUUAGUAUCUCGAGCAAUUGCUUCUUGGAUAUGGCAAACAUAUUUUCAAGCAGAUCCUUUCAGUCGAACAGCAGGUGAUCGAUAUCGAAAAGAAUGUUUAGCACAUGGAGGUGGGAAACCACCUUCUAAAUUAGUAUCUGACUUCUUGAACAAAGAUGCUAAUGCUAGCAACUUCGCGAAAUCUUUACUUUAUGAAAUCGAUAUGAAAAUGGAAAAUGUAGAAAAAUUAAGGGGAUAAAAAACCGUUCAAAAGGUAUUUAGAAAAAUAUCUUUUUAGAAAUAUAAAAUAUUUAUAAAAUAUUUUUAUAAGA